GCGGUAACUUCUAAGCAGUGCGACUUUUCAAGAUCAUUCCAGUGGUUGUUUUUCAACACCAAGUGGUCUAUAUGAUGCUUUCCAUCAUCUCUUUACAAUGAUGUUUGAGCGAAAUCCUAUGUUGUCCAAUUCUGAAGUGACUGCUGACUACUCACCUGAAUUAGAUUUGGAUGCUUAUUCUAGAUUUACAGAUGGUAUGAUCAAGAAUGAUGUCGCAAAUAGACCAUUCAGUCCAUCCAAACAGGUAAUGAACCGGUAAAAAGUUUUGAUUCCCAUAUAGGUUAGGUUUCGCCCAAAUAUCACUGUCAACUCCGUUGAUCUACUAGCUGGAAGAUCUUCAAUGUAUGAUUAUUCUGAAGAUGGUGUCGAUGAGUUGACGCACAUAACAUCAAUGUCUUUCGGUAAUCCGAGUUCACCAAAGCACUUUCAAUCUACAGAAGCAUCUCCAUAUGAUACAUCUCUGUGGUUGGAAGGUAAUUUCGACAAAAUGUGUAACCUUUCUGUGGACACUGAAUGGAGUCCCCAAAAUACCUGCCAGAAUUCUUCAUUCCUCAGAACCACCGAUCAUAUUCCACAGCCACCAUUAUCAUCGUCUUACAGCACUGUAACUGGUUCUAGGAACUACUCUUCAGACGUCAAGAGUUGGGAUGACCAAGUACCUAGGAAACUGCCUAACUAUCUUCUCAGUCGUUCUGAUGAUCUUUCUUUGUCAACUCUUACCGAAGUAGACUCUGUCGAUUUAGACGCUACAUACUCUCCUCAGAGUCAGUCUGUUGAUCCCGGUGUAAAUCUGUCACAACCAAUGUACAAAACAGCAGAAACCUUGAAAAAAGAAAUCAAAAACCUGUCUUUAAAGAUCAACAGUGCUUCAGAAACGCCUACUGAUAAGAUACGUUUAGAAGCUGAACGUAUUGUUAAUGAAGCCUGUAGCACUUUACCUUGUGGAAAUGAUUUAAUCAAUCCAUUGAUUUUAAAUCCAGGACUCACUGUAAAUAUACCAGAGCAUGAAACACAGUAUACAAAUCUUAUCGAUUUAUCUGUUGAUGAAUCAGAAAUAGUUCGUCUUGAACGUCAACGAAUUGCAGCUCAACGUAAAAAGUUGGAGGCGUGUAGGAAACAAAAUGCUAAAGACAAAGUUAAUGAACCUGAACCAGAUUUACUAGAAUUCUUUGAUCCAAAUCGUCAUGUAUAUCAAUCAGUGAAUAUUCAGACUAAAAGUCUACCAAAUUUACUGCCUACUUUACGUUGUGCUCCUGAUGAUUCUAUCCUAUUUCUACAUGAAAAUAUUCUCUGUGAUCAUUAUGCCAGUAUGUUGUAUGAUGUUUAA